UAGUCCCACAGACGUGAACGUAUCAUACCCGGGGAAAUCAAAUGAGCUCUGAUGUAGCAGAAACUAACAAAACCUUUUCUGGUGUAGGAAAAUGGGCAGCUACAGUGAUGCCACCAGCGACCUGGAUGAGGAGCUCCCUGUGUUCGACUUCCUCAGCCAAGUCUCUCAAAACCACUCAAAGAAAACAGACCAGGUGGACCUGGAUGAUUGUGAUGCAGAAGAUGCAGCCAUGUUUACUAAAGUGAAGGGCAGCAUGGGUAAAAGAGCGGCGGAUGUGAUGAUGAUCAGCAGUGAUUCUGAUGACGAUGCACCUUAUGUCCCUCUGGCACAGAGACUCAAACAGAAACAGGAUAAUGUGAUCACCUCCUCCUCCUCCGCUGUCACUAAUGGGAAAGAUGCUGAGCUGUGUCUGACAUCCAAUCUGUCCAGUUUUCAUCAGGUGAGAAAAGCAAGCAGCACGGUCACAGACACCGCCACUCUGCCUGCUAAACACUCCGUCUGCAGCGAAACGUCCCUCGCCAAGACUAAACCUGCCAAACGGACGGCCGAGGAGAUCCGGGCCUCCAGGGAGGAGGCGCUGAGGAGGAGGCAGGCCAGGGAGGAGCUGCAGAGAGACAGAGACGUUCUCAGGCAGGAGCAGGAGAGGCAGAAAGCAGAGAGGAGAGCGAUGGCUGAGGCCGCUAAAGCUCUGAGGCCGGAGGAGUGUAUCAAGUACAUGGUGGUGGCUGUGGACCCAGCUCUCCUCCAGCUUGAAGGAGGCGGGACUCUGCUGGCGUCGGUGCAGGCUCUCGGUUGUAGCUGCGCCAUCGAGAAACAGCCGCUCCCACGCAGUGUCAGCUGGAUGAGGAGGGCUCCCUGUGCUCAGAUGGAGGAUGGGGCGUGUGAACCAGAGGCUCAGGUUGUAAUGCAGCUGACAGUUGAUGACUUCAUAACGCUGAUCCACAACUACAUCCAGGAGGAGCGUCAUGGCCGAUCCGACUCCGGUCCCUCGCUGACCUCCUGGAUUCAGGAGCGUCAGAAACGCCAUCCAGACAAAAUCCUCAGUUUGGUUGUCAUCGACCUGGAGAAAUACUUCAGAUCCAACAAGUCACAGAGUCGGAAGAGGUUUCGAGAGGCGGUGUCAGGUGAGGAGAAUGGGGGAGGAAAGGCGAAGAAGAGGAAGAAGAACGGAGGAUCUGAGGCACUUCCUGAAGUGUCAAGAGUGGAAGUAGAGGAGGCUGUUGUGCAUCUCCAGCUCCACACAGGUGUGUCAGUCCGCUUCUUGUCUACCUGGAAGGACUUCUCUGAUCACAUCACCAUGACAACCAAAGCUGUGGCAGAAGCUCCUUUCAAGCGAGAGAGGGAGAAGACAGGCUUCUCUUUCUACCUGGAGAGCGAGUGGGCAGGAGGGCAGAAGGUAGAUAAAGCGGGGAAGGGUCUGCUGCAGGUGUGGAGGAGACAGAUCCAGCAGCUGAACAGAGUCAGUCCAGACAUGGCCUCAGCCAUCCUGGCGGCGUACCCGUCCCCACGGCUGCUACAGAAGGCGUACAGGCAAUGUAAGAGCGACCAGGAGAAGACCUCGCUGCUGGCUGACCUUCUGAUCCGUAGAGGAGAAGGCGUCACCUCAACGACUCGACGGGUCGGCCCCGAGCUUUCCAAACGCCUCUUCCUCCUGAUGAACUCCCGUGAUCCGGAGCAGACCCUAGACUCCACUGUCUGACUCCUGUAAAUCAGACUAUUUCUGGUUUGUUUCUUAUCUUGUUUAAAAUGUAAGACUUUGUUUUUCUGUUCUCUGAGUCUGGCACCGUGUAAGUUACAGCUAUUUUUUUAAUGUUUUGUACAUAUUAAAGUUUUAUUAAA